CUCGGACUCCUAUUCUUGCGUGAAACGAACGUGGCUGACAUACUAUAAAAACCCCGAAGAUGCAGCAGGGAGGCUCUCCUCAUGUCCUUGUAGGGCUAGCUUGAGCUUGACCCUAGCCCUCGUCGUUUGACAACAGCUUGAAAAGAAUGGAUGGGCGCUGAUUCCUUCAGCUGCCAGUUUCCUCCAAGUUUGGCGACAGCAUCGUCCUUCAAGCGUACAUAUCCUGAGCGGAAUACAUCUUGGUCCUGAUGUGACCGAAUUCCCACACCCCCGGUCGCCGUGGGUGCAAGGCUUAAUAACAGUGCAAGCCUGAUACCUCCAUUGCGACCAAGGCUUGACCCCGUCACUGGGAUUCCAGAUCCUCUGGCCCCACAUGACAUAUUUCAACGAAAGGCUGCUGGCGUGGUGCAUGACCCAUUCAGCAAUGGGCUCACCAGCAGUUGUUUUGACCUAGGUCGGAGGUCAGUUUGUGGUCAUGCGCAGGCUCAAUUUGCAUUUAGUGCCUCGUGCCCGUCCUCUGUAUACCAUGAAGGGAUGUACUCACCCCUCCGUCCGAAACCAUCAUGUCUGUGGCCAUCCCGACACAAUGGUCGCUGGAACUAGGAUCGCUGCAUUUUCUAAUGCACCCAAUCGACUUGACCUUGCCAGGGAAUGCGUCGAUGAUAGCCUUGGCUCCGUUGAUGGCUACCUUCUUGCACCCGGAGCUUGUGCUGGGGAGUGUAGGGUUGUUGCCGCCUCCGCUCCCGGCAGGCAUGCAGCAUUUGAAGUCUGAGGGUCCAGGACACUCGUUCGAUUCGGUGUUUCCUGAGCUGCACGACGAUGUGAAACGGCAGUUGCCCUUGUUGCCGGUUCCGCAAGUGGUCUUGGUACAACAUUUGAUGUCGUCGGGUGUUCCUGGGCAUUUGUUCGCAACAGACGUGCCUCCGGCCUUGGAACAAUUCGAUGUAGAAAUGCAAACUCCUGGAGCACCGCCGGACCCAGUGCAGGCGCCAUUCACUUCUGCUCGUGGGGACAGGAGGGAUGCAUUGGCGGCGGCCAAAAAAAGCCAGAGAACGAGUAAGGGGCGAAGUAUAUGGGACAACAUUUCUAUGGGGUGAAUAGCCAGGAGUUAUGUGAUGGUUGUAGAAAACACCAGUGGAAAAUGCUUCGCCUGGAUGGAGAGCUUCUUUUUGGAUGGGUAGAAGAGAGCAGAUAGUUCAAGCUGUCCAUCUCGAAGGCCAGCAAAGGCAUUUAUAUCAUCAAUCUUGAAGACCUGC